AUGUCAGAAACGAAAAUAGAUUUGGAGGAGUUAUUACCCUCAUGGACCCAAUUCUAUGAUAAAUUCGAAAACAGCGAGGAAGACUGUUCCAGUGGAAGUAAUUGCGAUAAUAAUAACACGGCACUAAACUAUUUAAAGCCUAAAAUAGGACAAAGUGAUAAAAUACAAAAGGCAAUAUGCAUUGCGUGCAAAAUGUAUAAGGCAAGUAUGGGUCCCUUCAAGGAAGUAGUCUGGCAUUUCUUCUAUUAUUGGGCAGGGGACAAAUUAUCAAAGAGUUCUGUGCAGAAAGAACUUUUCGGAGCUGACAUAAGUUCUAUGUGUGGACAUAUAAAUAAUUCCUGUGGUAAUCAGCAAUGUGGAAUUCCCGAUGAACACAUUAACCAGAACAUUUUCACCAGUAGAAAAACAUUAUUCGAUUUCUGGUAUGACUGUGAAACUGCGCAAGCAUUGUUAGAUCAUAGUGCGUCCCUGGAUUUUGACAAAUGUGAAAGUUACGUAAAAGAUGUCGAAGCAGCACAUAAAGUAAUGCAAGCAUAUUGUCAGACCAAUUCUAGUAAUGAUAAAUACUGCGAAAACUUUUGGAAUUCACGUGGGAACCACAUUAAGGGCAAACUGAACAAAUUGGAAUCUGCAUUAACAGCUGCACGAGAAAGAAUAGCACAGGAGGCAAAAUUAGCAUCUCUUCAAACAGACAAAGCUAUCCGUGCUGCUACUACCACUUCUUCCCUUUCUUCCAUCAUCGGCACAUUAGGAAUGACAGUCGCUCCCUUCUUAUUGUAUAAGGUAAAGUUAUAA